AUGGUUGAAAUAUUUGCGGAUCCAUCAAUAGAUGUUAAUUAUUGGGCUCGAUUUCUCAUGCAAUUUUUUAUUAUUCUUGUAAUUGUUCGUGUUAUGGGAUGGUUUCUUUCAUUAAUAAAACAACCAUCGGUUAUUGGUGAAAUCAUUGCUGGAAUAAUCGUUGGUCCAUCGGUUUUAGGAAAUAUUAGUUUUUGGUCAAAACAUAUAUUUCCGCCGUCAUCAUGGAAUUAUUUUACAUUAGUUGGCAAUGUUGGUCUUAUUCUAUUUAUGUUCAAUUUAGGUUUAGAACUUGAUAAAGAUAAAAUAAAAAAUGAAUGGAAACGUUCUCUUUCAAUAGCCAUUGCAACUAUCAUUAUACCAUAUGCAAGUGGUGCUGCAUUAUCUAUCUAUCUAUAUGAUAUUAACAAUCGUGAUGGAUUUAUAGCACCGGAUCGAGCUGCAUUUAUGCUAUUCAUAGCAUCAAGUAUGUCAUUUACUGCCUUUCCAGUACUUGCAUCAAUUCUUUCAUCAAAUAAUCUAAUACAAUCACGAAUUGGUACUGUAACAAUUAGUUGUGCAGCUAUAGAUGAUAUUAUGGGUUGGUGUUCAUUAGCUAUUGCUGGUGCUUUUGCUAAAGGAUCAGGACUUGUUGGUUUAUGGGUAGUAUUAAUUGCUAUUGGUUAUAUUAUAUUUAUGUUUACUAUUGUUAAAUGGUUAUUAACACGUGCACAUGACUUUUUAAUCGAACGUGAUGAUGAAAUGAAUCCUUUACUUCUUAUGGGAGUAUUUCUUGUUUUGAUUGCAUCCGCUUUUUUCUGUGAUAUUCUUGGUAUACAUUCAUUUUUUGGUGCAUUCAUUGCUGGUAUUAUCUGUCCGAAAUCUGGAAAAUUUAAUGCUGAAUUAUUUCCAAAAAUUGAAUUAGUUACUGUUGAAUUAUUGCUUCCCUUAUUUUUUGCUGCUAGUGGUAUGAGAACAAGUUUAGGAACAAUAAAUGAUACAUUUUACGGUGGAAUAACUGUACUUAUUUUUAUUAUUGCUACAUUAGCAAAGUUUUUACCAGCAUUUUUUAUGGCAAAAAUUGUUACAAAAGAAUCAUGGAAAUUUUCAGGAGCUGUUGGUAUUUUAAUGAAUACACGAGGUUUAGUUGAACUUAUUGCAUUGAAUAUUGGUCUUCAACUUCACAUUCUAUCACCUCGUCUUUUUACUAUGUUUAUUAUCAUGGCAAUUGUUACUACAUUUAUGACUUGUCCAUUACUUUGGCUUGUUUAUCUUCGAACUUAUAAACCUGAUGCAUUAAUUACUAAUACACGCAAUAAUACAAUCAAUAUUCCUAUAAGAUAUCCUCUUCAACCACAACAAACUAUUAUACCCAUAAAUAAUAUAUCGAAUAAUCAUGUAAAUAUUAUUGGAAGACAUCAUUAUUGA